AUAUCUGGCGAAAGACCAAUCGUUGACUGGAACUAUUCACAAUCGGUCACGUUCUCAAACAACUUUUCCGAGGUCUUCGUUUUUGUGCUGUUCUAAUGGCGCAUGAUAAUAUUUGAAGUAUGCAUGGAAAGGUAAUAAAAUGGAAAGCACCGACGAUGGAAAUGAACACUGGGAAAGUUUAAUUCCUUGUUUAGUCAAUGGUGAGAAGUGUUCGGAGUUGGAGGUCUGUGGGCUCAAUACUGUGUUGGAGGAAAUGGUUUUGUCAAUUUUCCAUCGCCAUCGGUAUAGUUGAUCGUUUUCAUGUUUUUCGUUGAAAUUUUUAACAAACAUUCAGAAGUACUUAUAAUACUGAUGGAAACACCGUUGGAUCGAAUCUAAUAAAAAAUAAUGCGCUUACUAUUGUUUAUAUCUAUGGGUAUUAGAAUCAAUUGAAAAAAUGGCAUCUCAAACUAAUAAUACGCCUAGCAGUUCCGGUAGUACUUCUUCUUUCACAAAUACACACAUUGAUGAGCGCUUGAUGGUCGCUGUACGAAUACGUCCUUUGAGUGAUGGUAACGAGUCUAACUGUAUACAGGUCCUUUCGCAUCGGUCGCUGCUUUUCGAUGAAGGCAAUCGGAAUAAACCAAAAAAAUAUAACUAUGAUUACGUAUUUGGUGAAAAAUCCAGUCAGGAAAAAGUGUAUAAAACGACAACAGCACCACUUGUGCAAGAUGUAUUGAAUGGAUACAAUGCAGCAGUGUUUGCUUACGGGGCCACUGGGUCCGGAAAAACUCACACUAUGCUUGGACAAAGCCAGAAAAAGCUAAACUCGUCAUCCGAUGAAUCACAGGAAGAUGGACUAAUGAUAAAGGCAGUAGAUGAUAUAUUUAAGUUCAUCGAAAAUUCUGAAAACACAGAUAAUUUUAAGAUAUCGUUGUCAUAUUUGGAAAUUUAUAACGAACUUAUACGAGAUCUUCUGAAUCCUGGAGGUCCUCUAGAAUUGCGCGAGGAUAACAAAGGUAAUCAGUCCGUUACGGGUUUGUCGGAAAUAUCAACGUCCUCUAAGAAGGAAGUCAUACAAUUGCUGGUGAAAGGAAACAAGGCUCGAAGUGUGGAACCGACUGCAGCCAAUCAAACUUCGUCUCGAAGCCAUGCUCUGCUCAGCAUUACAGUUCUAAACCAUACUACCGUUGGAACCAAACAAGGUCGGUUAUUUCUAACAGAUCUAGCUGGCUCGGAACGUGCUAGGAAAACCAAAAACAGAGGGAAACGCCUUCAAGAGGGUGCUCAUAUUAAUCGAAGCUUACUGGCACUUGGAAAUUGCAUAAAUGCGUUGGCUGGUGGAGCAAGAUACGUCAAUUAUAGAGAUUCUAAAUUGACACGAUUACUUAAGGAGGCCCUUAGUGGACGCUGUAAAACUGUCAUGAUAGCUCAUGUAGCUCCGGAUGCAAAACAUCGCGAUGAAACCAAGAAUACAUUGGUUUAUGCUGAUCGGGCUAAUCACAUAACCACUCGAAUACAAAAUCCUACUAUUUUGGAGGAAAGCCGAGAAUUUCCUAUGUCACAUUAUCAGACAUUGGUUUCUGAGUUGCGAGAAGAAGUUAGUCGAUUGAGGGAUAAAAUGUUAUCAGAUCGACCCCGUAGUGGAGUUACCCAGCAACACGCCCCAGUUACCGAUGAUGGCUCGCCCUAUGACCAAAUGAAAAAAGCGGAGCUAAAGUAUCUGAGGGAACAAAUCGUGCAUACUUUUAAGCUACAAAUGAGACUGAGGCGUAGGUUGCUAGAAGCCGAUAGUCAUUUACUUGGAUUGGAAUUAGACGCGGAAAGGCAACAUAUGGUCAUAUCCCAUUGGCAGAGUCGGCAGGGAAAGUUGUACGAUCGAAUGGAUAUGGAUGAUGGUACAUAUUUUCAUUACGAAACAAGUCUACAAUGUCUCAAAACGAUAUUUUUAGAUUCCGACUCUGAAGGAAACUCCGCUUUACGAUCAGCUUGGAGUGAAUUGUCCGCCAUAGAAAAAGAAGUGAAGCGAUAUCGUGAAAUUAGACUCGCAACUGAGCAUGAUUUAGAGAAAUGCCGGAAAAAGGGAGUUGCAUUGGAAGAUGAGUUGCCGGAAAGAAUCAGUAGUGACGAAGAACGGGAACUAUUAUCAUUACUAUGUAGAGUUCACGAGUUAGAAGCGGAUAAGGUUUCUUUGCAAGCAGAACGAUUAGCUAGACAAGCAGAACUCAGACGUCGCGACCUUCAGCUGUUACGUGCUGAGCGUCAAAGAAGGCUAUGUGAGGAUAUAAUAAGUACCCAAAGAAGAAUAAUCGAGGAAGGACAAGUUGAACUUCCAGAUGAUCUGAGGGAGUUAUAUUCACUGUAUCAACAGGAGAUACAUGCCAGUACAUACACCAAUGGACGUCAAACGGCCGGUUGUGAAUAUAGUGAGAAUAAAUUACCUCCGAUUUAUCACAAGGAUCGCGGUAUUACAUCGUCUGGCAGCUCAAGUUCCAGUUCUGAAUGGUCUCCGUCACCGCUACCACCGAUCGAUGCCGAAGGCAAUGUUAUUAAUCCGGACCGUGUGAUGGGUCCGCUAGUGGGCCCUAAGCUUCCGUCUAUUGACAAACUGAGAAGCAGCGAUGGAAGCGCUCAAAGCACUCCUAGUGACGACUAAAUAAAGGCUGCCGAACUAUCGAAUCUCGCAAAAUGUAUCACUUUAUUCUAAAACCAACAAUAAAUAUCGACUAUUUAAUCCUUUAUGACAAAUGAA